CAUGCGCAGUGCCAGUCACGUUUCGUGCGUCAACUCCAGUUCACGCGGUGUCUGCGACUCUGUAUUUGCGUGCGGGACGAUGGGUCUAAUCACAGGACUUUUUGCUUUCCUCUACCACCUGCCACAGAUCUACAAAUGGCUGCUGAAGCCGUACUACAUCGCGUCCUUCCUCAUGACGGUCGCCUUCCUGGUCGUCCGCAAGGCUCCGGGGCUGUGCGAGCACCUGGCCACCCAGCGGGAGGACGGCAACUCCUGCGACUUUGACUGGAGAGAAGUCGAGAUCCUCAUGUUCCUCAGUGCAAUUGUGAUGAUGAAGAACAGGAGAGCCAUCACCCUGGAGCAGCACAUAGGCAACCUGUUCCUGUUCAGUAAAGUGGCCAACGUCAUUCUUUUCUUCCGGCUGGACAUUCGACUGGGCAUCCUCUACCUUGCCAUGUGUGUCGCGUUCGUCAUGACCUGUAAGCCACCUCUCUACAUGGGCCCAGAGUACAUCAAGUACCUCAGUGACAAAACCAUAGACGAGGAGCUGGAGAGGGACAGUCGUGUCACCUGGAUUAUUGAAUUCUACGCCAACUGGUCCCCUGAGUGCCAGUCCUUUGCUCCCAUCUUCGCCGAUCUUUCCCUCAAGUACAACUGCACAGGUCUCAGGUUUGGAAAGGUGGACAUAGGACGCUAUGGAGAGGUUUCACAGAGGUACAGGGUGAGCACCUCCCCUCUGGCUAAGCAGCUUCCCACAUUGGUGCUUUUCCAAGGAGGGCGGGAAAUCAUAAGACGUCCGAUGGUGGACAGUAAGGGCAGAGCUGUGUCCUGGACCUUCAAUGAGGAGAACAUCAUCAGAGAGUUCAACCUCAAUGAGCUCUUCCAGAAAUCCAAGAAGCUGUACAAGAGUCGCGGCGAGAAUAGAGAGGAGCAGAACGGCACUCAGCCAGAGGAGGACAGCAGUGAGUCUGCAGCCGUCAACCCAGACCAGCCUACAGAGAGCAAGAAAGACCAGUGAGCUGGAGAGAGCUGCAUGAAGAGCUUCUUUCCUUCCAGUAUUGCCAUGCCUUAAGUUAAUCCCAGUGUCCAAAGUGUUGUGAAAUGGAGGGAGAGGAAGAGAUUCUAUCACUACAAGUUCUGUCUAAGUUGCAUUUGCUGCUGUUGCAAAUAUCUACCCUAGAAGAAAAAAUACACCACUUUUCUGGUCCUGGUGUUGAUGUAACUGUUUGAAUUCAACCCUGCAACACAUCAAGCAACAAUCUACUUUUUAUAAGAGAUAUUAAGUUAUUGUUCGCCAGUGCCUUUUUUAUUGUAAUAUUUAUUGGCUCCAAUGAGCCACAAGUCUCACCACUCCAGCUACUCUUCAGUUUUCCUGCCUGGCACUAUGUGUAUUUACUUAUCUUAAUGUGAAACUGGUUUCUCAAAUGUUUAGACACCAAAGCAAAGGGUGAUAGGUGGAACUGAAAUAAAAAUUAAAAAAAAAAUAUU